AUGAGGUGCCACCGCCUUUGCAGAUUCGACGCGGCCAGAGGGCCCCGGCGGCUUAUGCGUGUGGGGCUCGCGCUGAUCCUGGUGGGCCACGUGAAUCUGCUGCUGGGGGCCGUGUUGCACGGCACCGUCCUGCGGCACGUGGCCAAUCCCCGCGGUGCCGUCACACCGGAGUACACCACCGCCAAUGUUAUCUCCGUGGGCUCGGGGCUGCUGAGUGCUUCUUUGGGACUUGUGGCCCUCCUGGCCUCCAGGAACCUUCUUCUACCUCAGCUGCACUGGGCCCUGCUGGCACUAGCUCUGGUGAACCUGUUCUUGUCUGCUGCGUGCUCCAUGGGCCUCCUGCUUGCUGUGUCACUCACUGUGGCCAAUGGUGGCCGCCGUCUUAUUGCUGACUGCCAUCCAGGACUGCUGGAUCCUUUGGUACCACUGGACCAGGGGUCUGGACAUGCUGACUGCCCCUUUGACCCCACAAGAAUCUAUGAUACAGCCUUGGCUCUUUGGAUACCUUCUUUGGUCAUGUCUGCAGUGGAAGCUGCUCUGUCUGUUUACUGCUGUGUGGCGGCACUCACCCUUCGAGGGGUUGGGCCCUGCAGAAAGGAAGGGCUGCAGAGACAGUUGGAGGAACUGACAGAACUUGAACCGCCUAACUGUAAAAGGCAGGAAAAUGAGCAGCUACUGGAUCAAAAUCAAGAAAUCCAGGCUUCCCAGAAAAGUUGCGCUUAAGACUGGUAGAAGCUGGGUGUGACGUAAGAGUGAAACAGAAAGUCUGGCAGCCACAGUUUCCUACAGAUUAAAGUUAAAGCAUGAUCCUGGUACUAUUGUGAUUGAGUUAACAAGCCAAU